UGGCAAAUGCACCUUGUUGUUUCUGUAUUUAGAAGAAACUAUUAAUCAAGCUAGCUAGCGUAUCGUUAACCUAAUAGCUUGAAGUUGGCGGCUUUAGAAACUUGUUAAAAUGUGCAACUGGAAAGUGCAUGUGUUUGUAUGGGGCGUAACUGAAGUGAGGACUCGGUGGCUAAUGUGUUUGUGUUUCAUAUGCACUAAAAAUAUAGUUUUUAAACAAUGUUAGCAGCUGUGUGUUCCUUCAUUGAAUUGAUGACAAGAUGGCGACUCCCAGGGAGGCAUGAAAAUAGCUGCCUGCUAUAAAUGGUGAAAAUAUGUCAUACUUGGGUUGCAAAUAAUGUCGUAGUGCAUUGCGCUCUAUGUGUAAGCAUGCACAAUUCGGUGGUUGCAGUUGAUGUUCAUCGACUACGUAGUGUGCCAUACUGACAUCUGAUUACAAGACGAUUUGCUGCAUAAUUCUUUGUAUUUAUUUUUCACGUCGCCAUUUUUUAAACUGGCGGAGGAGGUUUACUUGACUGUUACAAGAUGGCGACUCCCAUGGAGGGAUACUCUCUGGUUUCUUGGAGAUAUCCGUGCAAAAUGCAAUGUUAAUAUGCACGAAUCUGAAGAAAGACCACCACAGGCUUUUUUCUCAUUGUCUAUUCUGAUGUAUGCGCGGAAAUUUACAAGUUAAAGGACCUGGGAUUUUAUUAUAGACGAACCGGCUUUUUGUCUUCUUACAGACCGUCUAUAAAAUGGCGUCUUCCUUGGAUUUAACAUUUGCUUAAAAUGACUUGACAACUAUGUGGAUGUCGAAACGUCUUAUUUUGCCCAUUACACAGAUGUGAAUAAACAACUUUUACUUGGCUUUUUGGUCGUCCCUGGUGCGACAGCAGUUCCUGGCUGAGCUUGACAGGGUCCUGUGCAGUUCAGUCAGCUAGCACGAGCUAAUUAGCUUCGCAGGGAAAGGUUAGCUUACAAAUUCAUUGUGCUUAGCAGGCUAGCACUAGCUAAUGGCACGUUAGCUAGCCAGCUGCUGCUGGAAAUAGUGCGUUUUCCACGAACUACCUGUCUUACGGGAGCAAAAGGGAACAGAACUUAUUCAAUAUUUUGGUUGGACUUUUUUCUGCACCUAGAGGACAUGACAUCCCCUGGUUCCAUCUUGUCUGGAACCAGCGGCUCAACGCUUCAGCCGCGUUGGAAGAGGGUUCUUGGAUGGUCUGGCCCCGUCCCACGGCCAAGACAUGGGCACAGAGCAGUUGCUAUCAAGGAGCUCAUGGUGGUCUUUGGGGGAGGAAAUGAAGGAAUCGUUGAUGAGCUCCAUGUGUAUAACACGGCUACCAACCAGUGGUUCAUUCCAGCUGUGCGUGGGGACAUUCCUCCAGGCUGUGCAGCGUAUGGCUUUGUUUGUGAUGGCACUCGCCUGCUGGUGUUUGGAGGGAUGGUGGAGUAUGGAAAGUAUAGCAAUGAUCUGUAUGAGUUGCAGGCAAGUAGAUGGGAAUGGAAGAAGCUGAAGCCAAAAUCUCCAAAGAAUGGCCCCCCUCCAUGCCCCCGACUGGGACACAGCUUCUCGCUGGUGGGCAACAAGUGUUACCUGUUUGGAGGGCUAGCCAAUGACAGCGAAGACCCUAAAAACAACAUUCCCAGGUAUCUCAAUGACCUGUACACGUUGGAGCUGCGUCCUGGCUCAUCAGCGGUGGGCUGGGACAUCCCCAUCACCUACGGAGUGCUUCCCCCGCCGCGGGAGAGCCAUACCGCCGUUGUCUACACGGAGAAGACCACCAAGAAGUCUCGCCUUAUCAUCUACGGGGGCAUGAGCGGGUGCCGCCUGGGAGACCUGUGGACGCUCGACAUUGACACGCUCACUUGGAACAAGCCUGGAGUGAAUGGCACUGCUCCUCUCCCACGCAGUCUCCACUCAGCCACGACCAUCACAAACAAAAUGUUUGUGUUUGGAGGCUGGGUUCCGCUGGUUAUGGAUGACGUUAAAGUGGCCACUCACGAGAAGGAGUGGAAGUGCACCAACACGUUGGCUUGCCUCAAUUUGGAUUCAAUGAAUUGGGAGACUGUGUUGAUGGACACCUUGGAAGAUAAUAUACCAAGAGCUCGUGCAGGGCACUGUUCUGUGUCAAUCAACUCUAGACUUUAUGUCUGGAGUGGACGCGAUGGUUACCGCAAAGCCUGGAAUAACCAGGUGUGCUGUAAGGACCUUUGGUACCUGGAAACAGAGAGGCCGGCGGCACCGUCCCGAGUGCAGCUGGUGCGCGCCAACACCAACUCCCUGGAGGUGAGCUGGGGGGCGGUGUCCACGGCCGACACCUACCUGCUGCAGCUGCAGAAGUACGACAUCCCCUCCGCCACCGCCGCCACCUCGCCCUCCCUCAACGCCGCUACCUCUCUGCCCGGCAACUCCCCCAAGAGCCCUGCGCCUGCCUCCGCCGCCCCCGCUGGUCAGAACCUGCCACAGCAGGCGGGCAUCACGCUGGUGCCCCAGGCUUCCUCCCCCACGGCGGCGGGGCUGCCCGUCCUGCCAAACAUGCCUGGGAGCCCACUGGCCGCCUCCACAGCCCGUGGCCCAGCUAUCCUAAAGGUGGCGGCUCCCCAGGCCGGUGCCGGCACCUCCAUUGUCACUGUGCGCCAAGCCAACCAAGCCGGCAAAUCUCCAGUCACUGUGACAUCACUUCCUGCAGGCGUUCGCAUGGUUAUACCAGCACAAACUGCACAAGGAACGCCAAUUGGAACCAGCCCUCAGAUGAGUGGCAUGGCAGCUCUGGCCGCAGCGGCAGCCGCAACUCAGAAGAUCCCGCCCUCCUCCAGUCCCACGGUGCUGAACUUGCCUUCGGGGGCCACCAUUGUGAAGUCCGUCGCCAUGACGCAAGGCUCCACCACACUCCCUACCACCGUUAAAAUGGCCUCCCCAGUCAUGGUGAGCAACCCUGCUACGCGCAUGCUGAAGACAGCGGCUGCUCAGGUGGGCACGGCCACGGUGUCCAGCCCCACCACCGGCACACGGCCCAUCAUCACCGUGCACAAGGGCGGCACCGUCACCGUGGCGCAGCAGGCACAGGUGGUCACCACCAUGGUGGGCGGCGUCACCAAGACCAUCACACUCGUCAAAAGCCCCCUAGGAGGCGGAGGAACUCUGUUCUCUAACCUGGGGAAGGUGAUGUCCGUCGUGCAGACCAAGCCAGGGCAGUCUGCAGUGACGGGACAGUCCUCUACCAGCCCACUCACUCAGAUCAUACAGACGAAAGGGCCUCUCCCUGCAGGCACCAUUCUGAAGCUCGUGACGUCGGCGGACGGUAAGCCCACCACCAUCCUGACCACCAGCCAGGCGGGGAUGGCCGGCUCCAAGCCCACCAUCCUGGGCGUCAGCAGCAUGUCGCCCACCACCAAGCCCGGCACCACCACCAUCAUCAAGACCAUCCCCAUGUCGGCCAUCAUGACCCAGCCAGGAGGAGCCACCGUUACCAGCAGUGCUGGGAUGAAGACCCCCAUCACCAUCCUCACCACUAAGAUGAUGACCUCUGGCACCCCAGGCAAGAUCAUCACCACCGUGCCAAAGCUGGGCACCGUAGGAGGCCAGCAGGGCCUCACCCAGGUGGUUUUGAAGGGAGCCCCAGGGCAGCCUGGUACAAUCUUGCGGACGGUGCCCAUGAGCGGAGUCAGACUGGUCUCUCCGGGCUCAGUGUCCGGUGUCAAGCCAACUGUAACCACCUUGGUCGUCAAAGGCACAACAGGUGUCACGACACUGGGCACAGUCACAGGCACGGUCUCCACCAGCCUGGCAGGGGGCAGCGUGGCCACGGCCAACUCCUCUCUGGCCACCCCCAUCACCACGCUUGGCAACAUCGCCACCCUGUCCAGCCAGGUCAUCAGCCCGGGCGCCAUCACUGUGUCGGCCGCCCAGACCAGCCUCACCACGGCCACCGCCCUGCCCACCACCAUACAGUCGGCAGGUCAGCCCACCCAGGUGACCCUGAUCACCAGCCCCAGCAGCGCGGAGGCCCAGGCGGGUCAGGACCUGCCCAUGUCCAUCCUGGCGUCGCCCUCCUCCGACCAGACUGGCUCUUCCGACGCUGCAGCCGCCACCAACGAGGCCACCCCUGGCACGGUCACACUCGUCUGCUCCAACCCGCCCUGCGAGACCCACGAGACCGGCACAACUAACACCGCCACCACGGCGUCAUCCGGGAUGGGCGGAGGGGUCACUAAGGUCUGCUCCAACCCGCCCUGCGAGACCCAUGAAACCGGCACCACCAAUACAACUACCACGGCGUCAUCCGGAAUGGGUGGAGGGGUCACUCGGGUCUGCUCCAACCCACCCUGCGAAACACACGAGACAGGCACCACCAACACCGCCACCACGGCGUCUUCAAACAUGGGCAACGCCGGCACAACAACGGGCAGCGCGCAGAGGAUGUGUUCAAACCCACCCUGUGAAACACACGAGACGGGCACCACCAACACUGCCACCACGGCGUCUUCAAACAUGGGCAACGCCGGCACAACAACGGGCAGCGCGCAGAGGGUGUGUUCAAACCCACCCUGUGAAACACACGAGACGGGCACCACCAACACCGCCACCACGGCGUCUUCAAACAUGGGCAACGCCGGCACAACAACGGGCAGCGCGCAGAGGGUGUGUUCAAACCCACCCUGUGAAACACACGAGACAGGCACCACCAACACCUCCACCACUGCGUCUUCAAACAUGGGCAACGCAGGCACAACAACGGGCAGCGCGCAGAGGGUGUGUUCAAACCCGCCCUGCGAAACACACGAGACGGGCACCACCAACACCGCAACUACAGCGUCGUCAAGCAUGGCAGCUGGCGGGACGACGGGAGGCGUGCAGAGGGUGUGUUCAAACCCGCCCUGCGAAACCCACGAGACGGGCACCACCAACACGGCCACCACGGCUACCUGCAACAUGGAGACUGGGGAGGGCGCAGCCGAACAGAGUGCAGAGUCCACAGAAGCGUCCAGCAGCACAGAGGUGCCUUCCACGUCGUCAACAACUGCUGGCUCCAGUCGAGCCAUCACCACGGUUACACAGUCCACACCCGCACCUGGACCGUCCGUACCUUCCAUCUCGUCCAUCGCGGAGUCUUCGUCGGGUGCGGUGCCGUCCGAGCUGACUCAGGACGAGCUGAGUGGCGUGGGCAGCUCGGGGACCGCGGAGGAGCCCAUGCAGACUGACUGUCCACCAGAGGGCGCCCUGCCCAUGGAGGGGGCACAGACUGCAGAGAUGGAGGCGGCAGCGUCGUCCCAGCAGCAGGCGGAGGCCCUGGGUCUGCCGUCGGAGCUGAUGUCGUCAGAGGGCCAGGCCACCACCCUGAUGGUGACAGGGCUGACCCCCGAGGAGCUGGCGGUGACGGCGGCGGCGGAGGCUGCAGCUCAGGCGGCCGCCACUGAGGAGGCCCAGCAGGCCCUGGCCAUGCAGGAGGCGGCCAGCGAAGAGGCCCAGGCUCUCGCCAUCCAGGCCGUGCUGCAGGCCGCACAGCAGGCCGUCAUGAACGAGGGUGACGGUGGCUCGGAGCAGCAGCCCCACACCAUCCCCAUCGUGCUAACCCCUGCGGAGCUGGCGGCGUUGGUGCAGCAACAGCAGCAGCUGCAGGAGGCCCAGCAGCAGGCGGCCGCCGCGGCACAGCAGCCCACCGAGGGCCUGGCGCCUGCCGACAGCCUCAACGACCCCGCCUCCGAGAGCAACGGGCACGGCGACAUGGCCGCCGCCGUCUCCAGCACCGUCGCAGGCCUGCUACCCAGCACGACAUUGGCGCCGUCAAUCACUUUUGCAUCAGCAGUGGCCAGCCCCACCAAGAUGCAGGCAGCUGCAGCACUGGCCGAAGUGGCCAACGGCAUUGAGAAGCAGGGCGCUCCUCCGGCACCAGCGAGGGUUGCCGUCAAGAAGGAAAACCAGUGGUAUGACGUGGGCAUCGUCAAGGUGACCAACAUGGUGGUGACCAGCUACUACGUGCCAUCAGAUGACUCAGCCUACACGGAGGAUGACUCGGGGGCGAUGCCCGACUACGCUGAGAUGAAGCGGAUGGAGCUGCAGCCAGGCACGGCGUACAAGUUCCGUGUGGCGGGCAUCAACGCCUGCGGCCGUGGCACCUUCUCAGAGAUCUCUGCCUUCAAGACCUGCCUGCCCGGAUUCCCAGGGGCCCCCUGUGCCAUCAAGAUCAGCAAGAGCCCAGACGGUGCCCACCUGACGUGGGAGCCGCCCUCGGUGACCUCGGGCAAGAUCAUCGAGUACUCUGUCUACCUGGCCAUCCAGAGCGCCCAGACCACAGAGGCCAAAGGCUCGGCGCCGGCCCAGCUAGCCUUCAUGCGCGUCUACUGCGGGCCCAGCCCCUCCUGCCUGGUGCAGUCCUCCAGCCUGUCCAACGCCCACAUAGACUACACCACCAAGCCCGCCAUCAUCUUCCGCAUCGCCGCACGCAACGAGAAGGGCUACGGCCCCGCCACGCAAGUCAGGUGGCUCCAAGAAUCGAGCAAAGACGCCGGAGCUAAGCCUGCUGCUAAGAGAGCAGUGACUACACCAGAAAUGAAAGCUGGUCCUAAGAAAGCUCGGAUGGACCAAUGAGGAGGUGCUGAGGCGUGCCCCCCUCUCUUCCAUCCCUCGCUGCCCUCCUGCUGAAUCCUAAUUCUUUCAUAGGUUCCCAUACCCUGCCCCACCAACCCCCCCUUCCCCGGCCCAUUCCAGCGCUAGAGACUACAGGCACAAGCAGACAAACACCAUGGAAUGUUCAUUGAACCCAGCCAAGCACAUUUGCUUGUUUUCUGGUUUUGUUCGGUUUCUUUUUCUCCUCCCCGUCAAUAUUUGGCCAUUCAUCAUUAACUUUUCUUUUUUUUUUUUUUUUUUUUUGUAAACAGUGGGCAGAAAUACUUGUAGAUUUCACCUCCCUUUCUAGUGUUUCUCACUUUUUAAACAAUAAGGUGGCAUUCCAAAAGAAAAAGAACCAAAAAAGGCCUCUCCCUCUCUUUUCCCAAUUUCCCCUCCUUUUUGUUUUUGUUUGUUUGUUUUCCUUUGGCCUACCUGCAUCAGUUCCUUAAUAUGCCAUUUGGUCCUGGCAGGGUUGUGAGUAGGUGAUCUUUUUACAAACAGCAUGGCAGACUGAUGGGAGGGGGAAGGGAGAAACUGGUGCGGGCCAGUGGCACAGGUGGCAUUUGUCCAACAACUUGUACAACAGAAAGAAGAAAAAAUAACAAAGCACUUGUCAUUACACACACACACACACACAGAAACACACACACACACACACACACAAUAGACCCCCACUGUUUUUUGGGGGGGCGAGUGGGGGAGUCUAGGAUGUUGCUAAGCUCAAACACACAAGAGAUAUGGAGAUGUUCAACACAACGUGUUAAGCUCUGGACUCAAGUUUUAGGCAUUGAUGUUGCCGUGUGCUGGUGUUGAUACCAGUAUGAUGGAGACUUUUUUUUGUGAUGCUGCCACUGUGUCGUGAGCGGAGAAGUGGACAAGAGGAUGACUGAUUUGAAACUUUGCUACAACCGAACCUUGCAGUAUAUAUAUUCACAAACACGCAAUGUGCAGACAAAACACACCUACACAAACAGACAAAAAAAGCAACAAAAAAAAUCCCAAAAAAUUAGAAAGCUAUGAUGCAGAAGAUCUUUGUGUAGUUUAUUUUUGUAUUUUUACGCUUUUCUCUCCUGUGUGUAUGUGGAUGUCAAGUGUUUUUGUUUUGAGGGUUUUUGUUUUGUUUUUGUUUUCUUUUUCGUCCCUUGUGUUCGAUAAUCCCCAUAGUUUAAAAGUCAGGCUGGCAUGGAGAGUGGCGUUCACUGGAUUAAGGGAAGAGAAGCGCCAUUUUGUAAAAUCUCAGUGGGACAUGUUCCUUGUUUGUAAGAAAAUCAGAAGGGGGUUUUGUACUUUUGGCACGUAGAUGAAAUAGGAAUGAAGGGAACUUGGACCCAGGGAAAUGAGGGGUUUCUAACUUCUUUUUGUUUUAUUGUGUUUUUUUUCCCUCACCUGUUUACGGCUCUUCUCAAACGCUCAUUAUCACUUUAGUGGACAUGUAUGCCAAACAUGGAAUUGUAAAGUAUAUAAUAAAAAUUAAAUCUGUAACUUGUUUUUUUUUACCCUCUUCCCCCAGCACACCUUAGUUCUCCAGACCUUUGUGUCCAUACUAUGCUUUUUAAAAUAUGUAUGUAUAAAUAUAUAUAUUACAAGCUCUAAGGCUUCAUGAACUCUCCCUUGCCUACAUUUUAGAAAUGAUGUAAACUAUUUUUAGAUUUUUUUUUUUUUCUUCCUCCCCCUCCCUCUUACUCACCCUCUGCAUUACAUUGUGAAGGAAAAUUAUCUGUGAAGCUCUGAAAUAAUAAAUUUUUACCUUCA